AAUUGUUUUGAAUGUUUGUUGUCAUUUGGUGCAUUGAACGUAUUUAUUUAGUAAACAUAUUAAAUUUCACGUACAUUUUGUGUGGUUUCGUUCGGGAUUAAAAUAAUUUGCAUAAAUUAACCGAAUUAACAAUGUAUACUUGUAUACAAAAAGUGGGACAAACCACUCAACCUUCAAUGGGCAAAAAUUCAAAUAACGAAAUAUCCUAAAAUGUAGGCGCCACAAAGUCUGUUUCUAUGACAACCUAUCCUCUAGGAUGUAGUCUCCGGUAUAAUCUUUGAAAUGAAGAAAUAUGCAAGCGUAAAAUGGAAGAAUCAAAUGCAGAUAAAGAAUCUUCUGAAGGAGAAUUAAAUUUAUUGGAUAUUAAUCCAGAUAUUUGUGGUUGUAAUGAAAAUUUAUUGGAGGCUGCAGAAAACUGCUUGGAAUUUCCAAGUACAUCUCAACAAAAUUUAGAUUUGACGGGUCGGGGGGAAAAUGUUUUAAAUGCAAAAGAACUGGAUAAUGGUAGAUGGUUACUUCGGUGGCACAUAAACAAAGAUAAUAUAGGAGACUUCAUCGCCUUAUGUUACCAAGAAAGCUCCGAUGUCAGUGAGUGUUUGGGGAAACAAUUGAUCAACAGUGGGGAAGAAACGAUCAUGUGGCUAUUAGAUGUCCCGAGCUCCCAUGACAAUGAUUGCGAUAAAUUGCUUUGCUUUCGCUAUUACGACGCGGCAUCGUUAGAGUAUUUGGCGCAGUCCGAUCCGCUUAUUAUAAAACACCGUCUGGGCAAACUGAAGAAAACCGCUAAAAGCAAAGGCGAAAGCGGAUGCAAUGGGAUCGAGAACGACGCGUUCGAAGACGAGACCGCCGUUCCGGGUGCCCAUUUGGAGUUCAGCCGCGCGUUAAAAAAGUCAAACUCCCUCGAAACUUUGGAUUCGUUCAAAACGUCAACAUCUACCGAGGAUUUGGACAUGACCAAGCCGCAAACAUCGGGAAUGGGGAACAGGUCGCCUAUUAACGGAUUCCAUUUCGAUACGGUAGACUGGUGUAAAGAGCGUAGUUCUGGCGACACAUCGAACGGACUGGGUAAAGAAUACUAUCAAAUUUGGACGUCCUGUAGCUCGUCGUCGCCUGACGAAGAGAGCAAAAGCCUAGAUAGCGCGAACGGAGUGACGGACGAGGCGCCACCUUUACCGCCUAGAAAGUUGCAUAGACCGCUUAAGAGGUCACACGCCGUGGGUUCACGUUUUAAUCCACCGGUCGUACAGCGAGAAUAUAAACCGAAAAAGCCUCAAACCUUGGAAGACACGUUCACGUUUGAAUUAAUAGACACGGACGAGGAAUGCAGUUCUUCUUCGCAGGCAUCGACGUCUUACGCCGAUUUGCCUUCUAACGCGCCAGUCCAAAAACUAAAAGCGUCUCUCGCCGAAAACGGCAAGAAACUCAUCGGUUGUGAUAAUUACAUUAGAACGGUAUUAAGUAAAAAUUUAGAAUCUAGUCCUAUAAAUGCUCAUCAAAGUUUAGAAAGUAAUAAUAGCAGUUCGACGCAAAGCAGCGGUAGUUCUACCGACGUGGUAGACGGAGAGAUUAAUAGCGAUUUAGCUAGUAAACCUCAUAAACCUUUGACCAGACAGGGUUCGUUUCGAAAGCACGAAUCAAACGGGGAAGCGAUAGGGACUCAUACCCCUGUUCGUCAAAUUAAAGGAAAAAAAGAAAUUAAGGAUAUCGUCAGGCCGCAUCCGAGGGAAUUAUGUCGCGUGGCUGGUAUAUGUAGCGGUGCCCCUGUCUGUCCACCGACACCAACUCACCAUUCGCGUAAAAACAAAUCUGCGGAACUUCGCCCUCCGACCCUCAAAUCGACCGACCCUCCGGAUUUGGGUGGCGUCGAGGUGUUGCCGCCGCCGGAAGUUAAACAGGCCGAUAUAAGGCCUUUAGGAACUUUGGAAGGCUCGCAGUGUAGCAGUUCCGAAGAGGCCUUACCCCAAAUUAGUUUAAUCGCCAUAUCCGAGCUAAAAAGUAAGGACAUGUCCAGGCCUACGCUAAGAUCUAGAGUCAAUGGCGAAACGAGCGCGUAUAUGACGUUGCCUUUGCAAAGGUUGUCUACUACGGGCCUGCCCUCGAUACCCGAAAGGAAACAUCGAAACUUCGCUCUGUCUGAAGUGCUGAAUGGCAACGAAGAACCUUUGCCACCAUCGUGGGAAGCUCGCAUGGACAGCCACGGAAGGGUGUUUUAUAUAGACCAUUCUACUCGAACUACCUCCUGGACCAGACCAGGCGGCAGUUCCAGUGGCUUGCCAAAUGUAGUAACCGGUGCCGAUCAACAUCGAAGACAAUUAGACAGGCGAUACCAAAGCAUUAGGAGGACUAUAAGUUCGAAUCGAAUAGAAGGAAUCGAUUUUUCAGCAGCGCUCCCCCCGGGGUGCAAAUUCCUAACUAGACCAGAUUUUUUUACACUACUUCAUAUGAACGACGAGGCGCUCACGCUUUAUAAUGGCAAUCCAACAUUAAAGCAUAUGAUCGUUAGAAUUAGAAGGGACUCCUCCCUAUUUGAAAAGUAUCAACACAACAAGGAGUUGGUGACUCUAGUCAAUUUGUUUGCUGACACAACAAAAGAUCUGCCUGAAGGAUGGGAUACGAAAAAAGACAGAAAUGAAAAGCCAUUCUUCAUUGACCAUACUAACAAGAAAACUACUUACAUGGAUCCAAGAGUACCUCUGGACUUUUCUGCAAGAAGGUUCUUUGAGGAGUUACGAAUUCCCAUACCGCCUCCAAGGCCAUCAAUCGCCACGUUGAACUCGCUCGCCGCAAGCGUCUCGGAAGUUCCCGUCGCGUAUAAUGACAAAGUGGUGGCGUUUUUGCGGCAACCCAACAUUUUUGACAUUUUGAAGGAACGACACCCACCAGUUGGAAAUUCAUCGUCUCUUAGGGAUAAAAUUAAUUCGGUUAGAGUAGACGGUACGACAGCGUUGGACAAGCUGAGUCACGACAUCAAUCUGACGAUUUUGUUGAGCCUUUUCGAGCAGGAGAUUAUGUCUUAUGUUCCGACGGUCGAUAGUCGAACUACCGCAACGAGCGGUACUUCUAGAAGUCCCAGGAAUUCGCCCCAACCGUCACCGAUUGCAUCGCCCGGUCUCAGCAGACAUCGAGUGCCUGCGCCACAUAAAAGAGAUUUCGAAGCCAAAUUGAGGAACUUCUAUAGGAAACUAGAAAACAAAGGAUACGGGCAGGGUCCCGGAAAAUUCAAGUUGCACAUCAGAAGAGAGCACCUUUUAGAAGAUGCCUUCAGAAGGAUCAUGUCGGCCAACAAAAAAGAACUCCAAAAAGGAAAAUUGUGUAUUGUGUGGGAUAAUGAAGAGGGUUUGGAUUAUGGAGGUCCAUCGAGGGAGUUUUUCUUCUUGCUAUCUCGUGAAUUGUUUAAUCCCUAUUACGGGCUAUUUGAAUAUUCUGCUAAUGACACAUAUACCGUCCAGAUAUCGCCUAUGUCGGCUUUUGUAGAUAACUAUCAUGACUGGUUUAGAUUUAGCGGAAGAGUAUUAGGAUUAGCGCUAGUUCAUCAAUAUCUUUUGGACGCGUUUUUCACACGCCCUUUUUACAAAGCUCUGCUGAGACUCCCCGUGGCUUUGUCAGAUUUGGAAAGCUUAGAUUUUGAAUUUCACCAAUCCCUACAGUGGAUUAAGGAACACGACGUGUCACUGCAAGGAGAACUUGAGCUUACCUUUGCCGUAACGGAGGAAGUAUUCGGGCAAGUUUUGGAGAAGGAAUUGAAACCGGGAGGAAGAAAUGUUCCGGUCACAGAGAAAAAUAAAAAGGAGUACCUAGAAAGGAUAGUAAGGUGGCGCCUAGAGAGAGGAGUUUCAGAACAAACCGAAUCUCUAGUUAGGGGAUUUUACGAAGUCGUUGAUCCUAGAUUAGUAAGCGUUUUCGAUGCCAGAGAAUUAGAAUUAGUUAUAGCCGGUACAGCAGAAAUAGAUUUGCUGGACUGGAGAAAUAAUACAGAAUACAGGAGCGGGUAUCAUGAUCAGCAUCCUGUUGUUGCUUGGUUUUGGCAAGCAAUCGAAAGGUUCACUAAUGAGCAAAGGUUGAGAUUAUUACAGUUCGUUACGGGUACUUCUAGUAUUCCAUUUGAAGGCUUCGCCGCGCUUAGAGGCUCGAUAGGUUCUAGAAAAUUUUGCAUAGAGAAAUGGGGAAAGCCAAAUAGUCUACCAAGGGCGCAUACUUGUUUUAAUAGGUUAGAUUUGCCACCCUAUCCAACAUUUGAAGUUCUGUUUGAAAAGCUUCUGUUGGCAGUUGAAGAGACUAAUACGUUCGGUAUCGAAUAGAUAUAAUUAUUAUUG